CCGCUCGCUCCCGACGCGCGACAGAUGGAGUUGCUCUGAGCUGGAGGGAGUUCGGGUUGAGAUUUCUGUGGAAAAAACGCGAAGGAAACUCUGGAUUUCUUGCUUUUGUCUGCGAUGAAAGCUGAACAGGCUGAAAAUGGAGAAAACCCAACGAACUCGGCCAGUCAGGGGGACGUCGGACAUGCAGUGGGUCUGCUAACAACACAGCCUACAGAGGUGCAAGAGUUUGCAGAGCCACAAGAGUCAGGGUCAUCUGGGGGAACCUGGGAGGGCCAGAAAGAUGAACUGCAGGCAGCCAUUGAACUCAGCCUGCAGGAGGCUCACAAAGUCCAGGAAGAAGAGAGAGAACUCCACAGGGCUCUGGAGGCCAGCGCCGAGGAAAAUGCCGCAAGGAUGAAGAGGAAGAGAUGCGAGGCCCAGAGUGAAAUGUGCAGCCCCGCAGACUGGAUCCGUCAGGACGAGUGUCCCGUGGGGAUCCGGAACGURGGAAACACCUGUUGGUUCAGUGCCGUCAUCCAGUCAUUGUUCCACCUGCCUGUGUUCAGGAGGCUGGUUCUCAACUACCACUUGUCCGAGCGACUGCUCGAGAAGUGUAAGAGCCAUGCAGACAAGAGGAACAUCGCGUUCAUGCAGGAGCUGCGCUGCCUGUUCGCCCUCAUGGUGGGCUCCACCCGCAGGUUUGUGGAUCCUUCUGCAGCAGUGGAGCUGCUGCGGGACGCCUUCAGGACGAAUGAAGCUCAACAGGAUGUCAGUGAGUUUUCUCAUAAACUGCUUGACUGGUUGGAAGAUGCAUUUCAGCUGGCUGCCAAUGGAAAGAAUGCAGAAGACAAGCAGCAGAACCCCAUGGUUCAGCUAUUCUACGGCACCUUUGUGACAGAGAGAAGAUAUGAAGGUAAGACGUUGUAUAAUAUUGAGCAGUUUGGCCAGUACCCCCUGCAAGUCAACGGCUUCAACAACCUGGAUGAAUGCCUCGAAGGCGCAAUGGUCGAGAAGGAGAUCGAGUCGCUUCACUCAGAUCACAGCGUCACGUCUGGACGGGAGAGAUGGUUUAAAAAGCUGCCUCCAGUCUUGACCUUUGAGCUUUCUAGGUUUGAAUUUAACACCCAACUUGGUCGUCCUGAGAAGAUACACAAGAAGUUAGAGUUUCCACAAAUCAUUUAUAUGGACAGAUAUCUUCACAAAAACAUUGAACGGACCAAUGAGAGAAGAGGAGAAGUGAAAAAGCUGAAGGAGCAGCUCGCAGUCCUUCAACAAAAACUUGAGUGUUAUAAAAACUAUGGGUCAGGACCGGUGAAGUAUCCUCURGCAGAUAUGCUUCAGUUUGUUCUGGAGUUUGCCACCACCAAACCCACCAGCGCUUCCCCAGCUGAAGAUCUGCGACUCGCCUCGUCUUCGCCACCUCCUGCAAGCCUUCCCGUCAGUGACACCAUCGCCAAAGACAGCAGUGAACCCGAAGAUGCAGAUUCCCCAGAGGGCCUGGUUUCGACCUGCCAGAGGACACCUAUUUACAAGCCUUUCACCCAGUGCAGACACCCCUCUGACUGCCCCCCACACCCAGCGCCUCACAGCAUCACAGAAGAAGAGCUGCAGUUUGUUAAAACCUGCCUACAGCGCUGGAGGACCGAAGUAGAGCAUGACAUCAAUGAACUAAAGGCCAGCAUUGACAAACUAAAUCAAACGCUCGAGGGCAUCUACUCAGACAACAGUCUGUGCCAGGUGCCCUACAGACUUCACGCAGUGCUUGUUCACGAAGGCCAGGCAUCAGCCGGUCAUUACUGGGCUUAUAUCUACGACCACGCUAACCAGCGCUGGAUGAAGUACAACGAUGUCAUCAUCACAGAGUCAUCGUGGGACGAGCUCGAGAAGGACUCGUUUGGAGGCAUGACCAAUGCCAGUGCGUACUGCCUGAUGUACAUUGAUGACAGACUACCCCAACUUAUCACAGAGGACACGGAUGAUGAGACAGGCCAGGCGCUCCACGGCAUGGACUCCCUGCCGCCUGUCCUCAGACGCUACGUCCAGGAAGACAACCGUUGGUUCCAGCAGGAGCUCAACGAAUGGGAGGAGCAGUUCUGCCAGACCGCAACUGCACAGGAAGAGUCCACGACCACGGCGGAACCUCCGAGCUCCAGUCCACAGAAGACACCCGUCGAGCCAGCGCCGCAGUCAGGACCCUCCACUGAAGAACUGGAUCAAGGAGCUGCUUUAGAGCCGCAAUCAACCCCUGAAGAGGAAAAGGAUAAAGAUGAUGAUGCUGGGGCUACAGCUGCCGCAGAGGAUCCAGAGUUUUUGCCGCAGCCCGAGAAUCCCGGCUGCCAAUCAGAUGCCACCAACACUCCAGCUGUCACUGACACUCUGGAGAUGAAGCAGAGCUCAGUUGAUCUGCAGAGUCAGACCCCWGUCCAGGAUGCAGAUCUGAGUACUCAGGCACUGCCUGAACUCGGCGAACAGAAGGACRCGGCCCAAUUCAGCUCUCAAAACGAAGAACACGAAGCCUCCGGAGAAGCUCCCGAACUUGCAGCAGAGCAGGGGAACGAGGAGCAGAACCAGGAGGCUCCGACCAGACCGCGGCAGGUGGAGAACGAGGUUUCAGAGGUGGAGAUCCCCAAUGUGGGCAGGAUCAUGGUGAGGGCUGACGCUGAYGGUUACAAUGAAGAGAUGAUGCUCACUCCAGCUAUGCAAGGUGUCAUCCUCGCCAUAGCCAAGGCCAGACAAAUAUUUGACACAGAAGGCCCUGAAGCUGGCCUCAUCAAGGCUUUCCAUGAGGAGUAUUCCCGCUUGUAUGAGCUCUCCCAGGAGGAGAACACGCCCCAGGAGGAUGCCCGUCUGCAGCAYGCUCUGGUUUACUUCUUUCAAAACAAGGCGCCCAAGCGUGUCAUUGAGAGGACGCUGCUGGAGCAGUUCACAGACCGCAACUUGAGCUUCGACGAAAGGGCCAUCAGCAUAAUGAGGGAAGCCCGAUCCAAGCUUCGUCUCAUUAAACCAGAAGAUAUGGACAUGGAUGAAUACAUGGAGUGGCAUGAUGACUACUUGCUGUUCAGGACGGUGUUUGUCCAUCUGCUGACCGGACUGGAGCACUACCAGCAUGGAAAGAUGCAAGAAGCUUUGAACUAUUUGGCUCACGCGUACGAGACCAACGCCACCCUGCUGAAGAAGGGAGACAAACGGGGAAUGGACAAGUCCCUUAUUGCAGUUUACAGGAGGAAAUGUCUUGCUGCGUUGAAUGAGAGYGCGUCCCGCCUGUUUUGCAGCGGAGAAGAGAGCAAAGUGGAGGAGGGCGUUGCCAUCAUGGACGAGGCCGUCAUUCCCUGUCUCCACCUGAUGAGCCGCGACUCAGCUUUACCUCAGGAGGACCGGGACGCCAUGGAGAGCAUCCGGAGCCACUGGUGCUGCUGCCUGGGCCAGGACAUGGACGAUGCACUGCAGGUAAAGCUGGGUGAGUUGCUGCCCAGGGUUCUGGAUGGUUCCACUGGCAGAGUAGUGCUUAAAGAUCCACCAAAAGUCCACCUCAACCAGGCGCACGACCUGUGCAGCCGCCUGGCUGCCGUCAUGGAGUCCAUUCACAAAACCACAGUCGUAGCUGUAAAGUAAAGUCCUGCAGGAAGCCCACAGCGGUGGUACAUCUUCACUGCCAGCAGCGUGGCUGCUGAAUCGGUCGGUACCGUAGGACUGAUGGAUUGAGACAGUACUUAGAUUCUAAUGUCUGCUGGCUUGGCAUUGCACAUGCAAACAAAACUGAUGUGUUAAUGUGCGGUUAGAUAAGAGAUCAGGCACAAAUACAUGCUCAUCAAAAAAAAUAAUU